GUUAGGCUGCAUCAAGGAUCGUCAACACAAUUCCGGUCUGCCGUACAGAGUAUAGUUGCACGAUGUUUAGGCGAAAACAAGGCCCUGGAGGGGAUCUCUGCAAAAGGACCGGCUCGGUUCGCGUGCCGGCUGGCAGCCGACGCCCAGACGGGCUCGGCUCGGUUCCCGCUUCCCAGCCGGACAGCCUCUAUUUGGCAGCACAUAAAACAUUCCGGUCGGUGAUGACAUGCCUCGUUCCUCGUGAUGGUACCCUCCGGGACCCAGAUCUCCUUUCUUUGAGAUGGACAAGGCACAGCACAUCGUCAUCGUUGGGGCCGGCGUCUUUGGCCUGUCCACCGCCCUGGAUCUGGCCGAAGAUGGCUUCUCGUCGGUGACCGUCAUGGACCGGUCGAUGCCUCCGGUUCCCGAUGGGUCCAGUAAUGACAUCUCGCGCGUCAUUCGCUUUGAUUACGGGGACGCAGUGUAUGCCCAAAUGGCCAAGGACGCAUACGAGCUGUGGAACACGAGUCCCGACUAUGCCGCCUCCUUCCACCACACCCCUUGUGUCUGGACCGCCCAGCAGUCAGGGCCGGCAAACCUCGUCCAGGCUGGUGGAUCUGACUUUAUUCGCAAGUCCAAAGAGAUUCUGACUGACAUGGGCCAUGAAUGGCACGGGCUCGACGAUGUGGCCGCCUUGAAAGCUCGCUUCCCCGCCAUUAGUGGAGCCCCAAUUGGCGAGGGCUUCGAAGGAUUCUACAACCAGUCGGCGGGAUGGGCUGACGCAGGCGUCGCCAUCGCCGGUCUGCGCGACCGUUGUAUUGGGGCUGGAGUGUCCUUUGUCACGGGUCGACAUGGGCACGUCACCGGGUUGGAAAAGGGGUCGGACGGGACAGUCAAGGCAGUCCGGACGAUUGAUGGCGGCAGCAUCACGGCGGACCAGUUCAUCUUUGCAACCGGGGCGUGGACAGCCGGCCUGAUUCCCUCCUGGAAUACGAUGGUGGCCACCGCUCAGAUUGUCGGGUUUGUACGGUUGACGCCCGACGAAGUCACCCGCCUGAAGGACCUGCCCAUCAUCUUCAAUCUCUCCACUGGCUUUUUCAGCUUUCCUCCCCAUGAGCAGACGGGAUACCUGAAGGUGGCAUGUCACAGUUUCGGAUACACCUUGUCGUCGUCCACGGCGGAGCAGGACAUAUCGUCCCCGCCGAGUGAGGCUAUCUCUGCGCGUGCCAACUUCAUCCCGGCGGAAGGUAGGCAACGGCUCCUGGCAGGGCUGGAGGAGAUUCUGCCGGAACUGGUGAUCCGGGGGUUCGAAAAGACCUGUCUGUGCUGGUAUAACGAAACGCCGACCGGAGACUUCAUUUUCGAUCGGCACCCAGAACACCCGAAUCUGUUCAUCGCGACCGGUGGGACUGGACACGCGUUCAAAUUCCUGCCGGUGGUCGGCAAGUAUAUCUCGCACGCCUUUCAGGGCCGGCUGCCCCCUGACCUGGCGGCCCGGUGGAAGUUCCACACUGACUAUCGGGCGCGCCCGCAGGACAACUUGUUCACGGGAGCGCGCAGCCGCGGGGGAGGCGAUGGUAGUCGGGGAGGCCCCGGCCGGCGUGAAUUCUCGGCGCAGGAGCGGGAUAGUCUGUUGUCGCUGACGGGCGCACUGGCCCGGCGACCAGCAAGGAUGUAGAUAGUUUAUAGACCACCUGGUGUCGUCGUCUGGGGAAGAGACAGCUUCCUCCAGGCGCAACGAUGAAUAGAGAUUCCAACAACACCCGGCGAUAGACCUGUUUUAUUUGUUUUUCAACUGGAGGGGUGAUCGGGUCACGAUUGCCCCGUGCUCAGAAACACUUUGAUUCUGGGUGCUUCUCUAUGUCUUGAACUAUAUAUUCGAUGGCGCUGCAUCCGCUA